AUGCGGUAUUUCACUACAUCUUUACAUUUUUUAGUCAAGUGUUUGGUUUACCAUGACGUCGAUUUGCUAUUCGAAAUAACAGACGUGACGCCGGAGGUAGAAUAUGUGCUUAACUUCGAUUCCCCAGCAUAUGUAUGUUUAGAUGAAUCCAGCUCCGUAUACGUGGAUACGUCAGGAAUGGAUAUGAUAACUUACAAUGAAACAACUUCGUGUAUGACCGGAGCAAUAAAGUUCUUGCAAGGCCUUGAUGAAAAUGUUAUGAUUGAGGCAAUAGUUGAAAAAGAAGUGUCGGGUCAGUUUGAAAUGAUGGCGACACACAUCAUCUGCGACUUGUGCGAGGAACUCCAUCCUGAUAGUAAUUAUUAUAAGUAUUUGCAGUAUUUCGGAUUUCCAGCGACGUGUCCCUUUGAUGCUGGUGAGUAUUCCGUCCACGAUUUUGUAAUAAAUACCGACGAUCUACCAGUGAAUAGUGCCAAUGCAGCCCGUUAUCAAGUCACCGUCAAUUUCUACAACAACCCGGACUGCUCCAGCAAGGACGUAAUGCAAUUUCUAUUCUGUUUAAAAUUAGAUUUCAUCAUUGAACCAAAAUAA